GACUAUGAAGACUACACCAUAGACAUCUUCUUUGCCCAGACGUGGUAUGACAGUCGCCUUAAGUUCAACAGCUCCAUGAAAGUCCUGAUGCUCAACAGUAACAUGGUGGGAAAGAUCUGGAUUCCUGACACCUUCUUCCGGAAUUCUAGAAAGUCUGAUGCCCACUGGAUCACCACUCCGAACCGUCUGCUGCGACUGUGGAACAAUGGGAGAGUGAUGUACACGCUGAGGUUGACUAUUAAUGCGGAAUGCUACCUUAAGCUGCAUAACUUUCCUAUGGACGAGCACUCGUGUCCGCUGGAGUUUUCGAGCUAUGGCUAUCCUAAAAAUGAGAUUCUGUACCGUUGGCAAAAGCGUUCUGUGGAAGUGGCCGACCAAAGGUACUGGAGACUCUACCAGUUUGCGUUCGUCGGUUUACGAAACACAUCAGAUGUGGCGCAUACACAGUCAGGUGAAUAUGUCAUCUUGACAAUCUUUUUUGACCUGAGUCGGCGAAUGGGCUACUUCACUAUUCAGACGUACAUCCCCUGCAGCAUGAUUGUGGUGCUGUCAUGGGUCUCUUUCUGGAUCAAUAAAGAUGCUGUCCCUGCCAGAACCUCUUUAGGAAUCACCACGGUGCUUACCAUGACAACGCUGAGCACCAUCUCCAGGAAGUCGCUUCCCAAGGUAUCCUAUGUGACAGCUAUGGACCUGUUUGUGUCUGUCUGCUUCAUCUUCACGUUUGCUGCUCUGAUGGAAUAUGGGACUCUACACUACUUCACCAGCAACAGGCAGAGCAAGAAGGAUACGGACAAAAAACCACAGGUAGUGACACCACUGUUGCGUCCCAGUAGCUUCUUAGCUCCCUUGGUGAACAUUAGGCCAGGGACGUCACUGCUCCAGAUGAAUAACAUCGCCUCCUACCAAGACGAGGACGAUUACGCCUACGAGUGUCUGGAUGGGAAGGACUGCACCAGCUUCUUCUGCUGCUUCGACGACUGUCGCUCCGGAGCAUGGCGCGAAAACCGGAUGCAUGUCCGAGUUUCAAAGAUCGAUUCCUACUCACGAAUAUUCUUCCCCACCGCCUUCGGCCUUUUCAACCUGGUCUACUGGAUUGGGUAUCUGUACUUAUAA